UAGGCGGCGCCAUUGUGCGACUCGGACCCGGAAGUAAACCAGGCUGGACUCGCUGUGUGUAUAUGCUGGAUGUAAACAGAGUGCAUAAACUUUUGAUUUAUCUAAAUAUAAACGUGUUCGGCACGGAGCAGAGCUGACCAUCGGUCACGAGGUGCAUGAUGACGGAGGAGGAGUGUGUGGGCGGAGGAGGAGAAGCUCUCCUGCAGCUCCACCUGCCCUGUGAUCCUCCAUCUUCCUGCACAGUGUCCGUCGGGACCGAUCUGUCCAUGGCCGACAUCUCGCACCUCCACGCUGAAGUGUGUGAGCUCAGGAGAACCGUCCGGCAGCUCGAGGAGAGGCUCAGUCAAGCGCUGAAACUUUCCAGCCAGGAGGUGACGGGAGCUACACCAGCGCUGUGCUCCACGUGUAAAUCUGAUCUAAACACCUCGGACGUGCGAGACUCGGAGCCCACGCUGCGGGGUGUGGACGCUGUACAGAGUGCGUGUGGUGCUGGUGCAGAGGAAUGGCGUGAUGUCGGUCCACAGGAGAGCGAACUGAAGUGUGAGGAGCAUGAACCCAGCACCUCUGUCCGUUUGUCCAGAGACCCGUACCCCACAGAGUCGCACUCCGCACCACACACCCCGCUGAAGACCUUCGACGGUGAGGAACAGCACGCGGCACACGCGCCAGUGAUGACGUGUUCCGUGACGCUGGUGGACUGCAGGACCACGGUGGAGCUGAACGGAGACAUCACGCCAGAGGAAGACCUGGACGAUGGGAGCGUUCACGCCGAGGAACCUGACGAAGCCAGCGACGAGGUUUGUCCUUCGACUCCUUUAGGUGGCCAGAGUGAGUCUGGCGAUGAAGAAAGCAGAUCCUCAGUGAAGCGAAAUGGGAAAAAGAAGAAGAGCGGGAUAAAAACCAUCUCUCCCUGCACCAUCUGCGGGCAGGAGUUGAUGUCUGCGGCGUUUCUGACGAGACACAUGAAAAUGCACGAGAACCGCGUGAAACAAAAGACGCUCCGGCCGCACGUCUGUACCGAGUGCGAGAAAGGAUACCCCACGCUCUCGGCCCUCAAAGUCCACAUGAAGUCGCACAGCGGAGACAAACCUUUCCGCUGCGAACUGUGCGGCAACUGCUUCAAGACGAAAGGAAACCUGAAGUGCCACCAGAGCAUACACACCGGGCAGCGUCCGUUUCGCUGCGCGUACUGCGAAAUGUGUUUCUAUCACAAAACGCACCUUAAAAAACACGAGCGCGUGCACACUAACGAGAAACCGUACGUGUGCUCCGUCUGCGAGAAAGGCUUCAUCACCAUCAGCGCUCUGAAGCAGCACCAGAGAGUUCACACGGGGGAAAAGCCGUACUCCUGCACCCACUGCGACAUGACCUUCGGCCAGAAAGUGAACCGCGACCGGCACGAGCGAACGCACACGGGGGAGAAGCCGUUCCUGUGUGACCACUGCGGGAAGGGCUUCUCAGACCCCCGGCACUUUUACACCCAUAAACGCAUCCACGUGGGUGAGAAUCGCGAGAGGCCGUUCCAGUGCUCGUUCUGCGGCAACAGCUUCUUCUACCGCAUCAACCUGAAGCAGCACGAACGCGUCCACACGAAAGAACGACCGUACAGCUGCACGCAGUGCCCGAAGACCUUCGCUCGGCCCGACGUGCUGAAAACGCACCUGCGGGUUCACACGGGAGAGAAGCCGUACCGCUGCAGCAUCUGCGAUCAGGGCUUCACUUAUCUGGGCAGCUUCAGGGCGCAUCAGAAGAACCACACCAAGGAGGACGUGAAGCAGAACGCAUAGCACACGCUUGGAGCCCUUUAUGCGCGUACAGAUGUGUAUAACGAUAAUACCAGAGUCUCCACUUCAGAUUUUAUUUAUAUGCUGGUCAGGAUUGCGCUGUUCAUGUAAUCGCUACGGCUUCCGGAAAGACGCAGAACAUCGGGACGGUGAUGGAGCGGUCACGACACCGACCUUUCACUUCAUUCACUUUUCUAAAGCAUUAACCGCAGCAGCAGAGAAUUAUGGGAUUGGGAUACAUACCUUACAGUUUUGGUUUAAAUGAACAGAAAGGAGCAUGAUUAAUAUAAAUUGUGAUGUAAUGGACGAUCAGAACUCUUGCCAGUUCUUGGACCGAGCAGCUGAGUUUGAGUGGAAUGAAUUUAAUAACAGGAGCAGGGAGUGACGUGAGAGGUGUGAGGAGGUGGAGUGUAGCUCACGGUCACAGCGUGAGUUUAAGUUUAGUCGUAAUUCACAAAUAAAUACUGCACAUCAGA